AAAUUUUGCUAAUCGUUGGUGGGGAAACAGAAAUCCGAUGUACAGCUAUUUGGGGAUACGAUGCUCAAAGCGACAACGAUUUAAGCUUUGCCCAAGACGACAUUAUUAUCAGCUAUCCACUUAAAUCUGGUGCAGAACCGGAUUGGGGAUACGGUCAAUCUGAGCUCACAGGUCUCAAAGGCUUCUUCCCGGCCAAUUAUAUUGAGCCUGUGAAGGACAAUGGAGGUAAUUAUGUGUAUGUCAAGGGUAUCAAGAAUAUCACAGUUAUUAAUGCCUUACCUUUUACAUGAUCAAAAAGACAAACUUAACAUCAAAGUGCAAGCUCUUUGGGACUUCGAUGGCAGUGGCGGCAGCGGUUUGAGUUUCAAGGCAGGUGAUAUUUUGACUAUCACCAGUAAAGACAUGGGAGAUUGGUGGGAUGCUGAACUCGAUGGACAAACAGGCAUUAUCCCAUCUACGUUCGUUGAAGAGAUUUGAAAAUAAUCUUGGAGUUUAGAUAAUGUUGUAAAAUUGUAUUCCUCUAUUGAACGACUUUUUGGAGGGUUAAGUUAAGGAAGCAGCCCAAUAAACAACAAAUUUAAGUAUCUACCUAGGUUUUGCUUCGAAUU